UAGAGAAGCUUUGCAAUGAGAAAUCUGUUGUCUGCUUUACUCCUACUCCUCAACCAUUAUGCCCCCGUAGUCGCUUUCGCUCCUUCAGCUAAUUCGAGGGACACCCUCCGUGCUCGGACCCACACUGGCCUCGGAGUGCAGCCGGACGAAUUUACACCACAGGGUGAAGUAACGCGUCGUAGUGCCUUUUCUACCGCGAUUUCUAGAGCAUUGGCGGUAGGUACGGUUGCGGCAGGGACGACAUUGCCAGCGUGGGCACGGCUGGAAUCCGUGGAUCGACCUGAUUUACUACCCGCAGAAAAGGGGGUCAACGUCAUUCAGACCGAAAAGUUCUUAACCAGUGGCCAGGCGAAGCGAAUGAACGAUCUCUUGGUAGCGCUUGAGCGGGAUACGGGCUUUCGUGUUCGGGUUCUGUGUCAGUCUUACCCCAAUACUCCUGGCCUUGCUAUUCGUGAUUACUGGGACCUCGGCAAAGAAGGACAGAAAGACGACAAGUACGUCGUUCUCGUCGUGGACCAAUUUGGCGGUCGCGGGAACGUUCUGAAUUUUAAUGUCGGAGAUGGCCUCAAGUUUGCUCUGCCCAAUGUAUUUUGGAACCGUCUGUCGUCCAAGUACGGAACGACCUUUUACGUUCGUGACAACGGCAUCGAUCUUGCUGUCACAAAUGCGAUCGAAGCUAUUGUUACAUGUUUGCGGUCUGAGGAUCAAUAUUGCGUGAGCGUUCCGGAAGAAGCACCGAGCAUGAAAAGCCUUGGCCUAUUUUAAUCCUAAACUGGUAUCCGACCCA